AUGUGUCAAGACUAUACUGACCUGAACAAGGCCUGUCCGAAGGAUAGUUUCCCGUUGCCCAAGAUUGACCAGCUUGUUGACGCGACUGUCGGUUACGAGCUGCUCAGCUUCAUGGACGCUUAUUCGGGAUACAAUCAGAUUUUCAUGCACCUUGCCGAUAGCGAGCAUACGGCAUUCAUCACUGACCGUGGAUUGUACUGUUACAAUGUCAUGCCGUUCGGCCUGAAAAACGUGGGGGCAACAUAUCAACGGCUUGUCAACCGAAUUUUCACUAAACACAUCGGCAGCAUCAUGGAGGUGUAUGUCGACAAUAUGCUGGUAAAAAGCCGAACGGCAGAGGAGCAUCUAAACAACUUGGCCUUUAUGUUCGGUAUACUGAACCGAAUGAGACUAAACCCCACGAAGUGCGCCUUCGGUGUGUCUUCAGGUAAGUUUCUCGGCUUCAUGAUCAGUGAGAGAGGGAUCGAAGCGAAUCUUGAGAAAAUCAAGGCCAUAAUCGACAUGGAGAGGCCAAAAACGCAGAAGGACAUUUAG